AAUGUUUUUACAGGAAGUAAAUGAAACUCCAGCUCUCAGAGUAGCGUACCUUUUGUAGUAUCAUGACAUAGCUCUCUUUGUCUGGUCAAGAUUUGUCGAAGGUUUGGAAUCUAUCCAGUAAUCCCAGGCAGAGAGGAAAAGAGUGAAUGAUGGCGGCGGCCCAACCUGAGACAAUCUUCGAGAUUAAACGCAGCUCUAUAUAUUUCUGUCGAAAAGCCAAAGAGCGUAUACAACUGGGCAAAGGUUUCUUUGGAGUGGUCUUUAAAGGCCAUUAUAAAGGCGAAAAGGUUGCAGUGAAGAUCGUUCAAGAUGGCUCCAUGAAUCCUCAGGACUUCCUAAACGAGGCCCAGAUCAUGAGAACCAUGGAGCAUCCCAACAUUAUCAAGCUUUUGGCUGUCUGCACUAAGAAAGAACCCAUCUACAUCAUCACUGAACUGAUGAAGAAAGGAAGUCUGCUAGAAUACCUCAAGAAAAACCGUCAAACUCUAGAUAUCUCCCACCAGAUUGAGAUGGCAGUCCAGGUGGCUUGUGGGAUGGAUUAUCUGGAGAAUAAUUUAUACAUCCACAGGGACCUGGCAGCCAGGAAUGUGCUGGUUGGAGAGAAUGUCUACAAGGUGGCUGACUUUGGCCUUGCCAGGGUCUUAAUAAAAGCCCCAUCUGACAGCCCGAACAGUCAAUAUUAUAGAGUUAUUGAGGGUGUAUGUCUCCCUAUCAGAUGGACUGCUCCUGAUGCCAUUGUCAGCAAUAGGUUCACCAUCAAGAAUGACGUGUGGUCUUUCGGCAUCUUGCUGUAUGAGAUCAUGACGUUUGGGAUGGAACCCUAUGCAAACAUUAAAAACAACAACAAGCUGAUCAAGAGGGUUACCGGAGGGUACAGGAUGCCUUGCCCAAGAGACUGUCCAGAGAACAUGUACCAGAUCAUGUCGGCCUGCUGGAUGAUGCAAGAAAAUGACAGGCCCCUUUUCGAGUCACUGCAUACAAUGCUUAGUGAUUUACAAUGAGAGAUUAAGUGUCCUUGAGUAUCGAUUAAGUACCAGUAAUUAUUUGAUUAUUGUUUCUCAGUUCUAUCAUCUCUUGUGAGUUCUGUAAAGUUCCUUAGCCUUAUGUAUACAUAAACAUCACUAUCUUGGCUACCAUGACAUUAUAUUGAUUUACUGACUGCACUUAUAAGUUGAGGUCACCCUCUGCUGUAUUCAGAGAUGUUAUAUGCUUCCACGUGUUCCAGUGCAUUGAAUUAAACCUUUUCUUUUGCCAUUA